AAAAACAAAAAUCCAAAUCAUAAUUAAUUCUUCAUAACCUUACUUUUCAUUCUAAUAAUAAUCCAAAACCCCACUUUAACAUCAAAAUCUUUUUCUAAGUCCCUUACAAACCUUUGAAUUUUUGUUGAUAUAGAUUUAGACAUGUGUGAUACAAAUGCUCGCCGGGUUUUGACAUUUCCGGCGAUUCGUCCAUGUGAAUCUGUUUCUCCGGCGACCCUUUUAUCUUCUCUAAUCACACUUGCUAAAAACAUAUGUUCAUACAAAUCAAGACAUAUUUUUACAAAUGCGAGUAACGCGAAACACUCGUUUCGUCUUGUCGGAAACAUCCUCGUAUUCCUCGAGGAUAUCCGACAAUACGAAACGAGUCUUUCGUAUGAGAUGGUUUUGUCACUCUCGGAGCUCCAUUUCGUGUUUCAAAAGUUGCGGUUUUUAUUGGAAGAUUGCACAAGAUCCGACGCCCGGGUAUGGAUGUUGACCCGGUCCGAAAAGGUAUCGUAUCAGUUUCGAGCUAUUUUUCGAUCUGUUAGUGUGGCUUUAGAUGUAUUGCCAUUGGAUUCUUUAAAUAUUUCAUAUGAAUUGAAAGAAUUGAUGGGGUUUAUUAAGCAACAAGCUUUGAAUUCAAAGCUUGGUUUUCGACCCGAAGAUGAACGGGUCUUGGAGCUUCUCAGAUCCGUUUUGGAUCAGUUGGAGCAACAAAUGAAUCCGAAUUUAAAACGGGUUCUUGAAUAUUUGGGAAUAAGGAGUUGGACCCAAUGCAACAAUGAAAUCAAGUUCUUGGAUUCUGAAAUCGGUUUGGAAAGAUCCACACCAAAGAAGUCGGAUCUUGGUAUUCUUAGUAGUUUGAUGGGGCUGAUGACAUACAGCCGAUGCAGGGUUUUCACCGUCAUAAACGAUGAGGAAAACCCUGCUUCUUCUGAUGGCUUUCGAAGAAGCAACCAUUUGAUUUCGUCUAUGAACGUUGAUGAUUUUCGAUGUCCUAUUUCUCUGGAAAUCAUGUCGGAUCCGGUGACUUUAACAACCGGACACACGUAUGAUAGAGCGUCAAUUGAAAAGUGGUUCAAGUCGGGUAAUUUAACAUGCCCGAAAACAGGUGAGAAGGUUAAUAGUGGUAGCUUAGUUUCAAAUUUGUGUAUAAGAAGUAUUAUUAAGCAAUAUUGUGUCGAAAAGGGGAUUUUGUUGGGAGAAUCUGUUGGUGGCAAUCGUAGUCGAGAGAUUGCUCAUGCCAACACUGGCGGUAGUGUGGCUGCUGAGGCGGCCAUAAAAAUGGCGGUUGACUUUUUAGUCGACCGUUUGGUGUUUGGCACAACAGAUGCCAAACAUAAGGCAACUUACGAGAUUAGAUUGCUUAGUAAAACGAGCAUUUUUAACCGGGCUUGUUUGGUUGAAGCUGGUGUGAUUCCGUGUUUAUUGGACUUGAUUUGUGUCAAGAACCCAAAAAUCCAAGAAAACGCAAUCGCGGCUUUGUUGAAUCUUUCAAAGUACCCAAAAAGCAAGAAAGUACUCGUCGAGAACGGAGGAUUGGAACUAAUCCUCGAGGUUGCACAAAACGGGAUGAAAAUGGAAGCCAGACAACACGCGGCGGGUACGUUGUUUUAUCUUGCUUCCGUUGACGAGUAUCGGGACAUCAUUGGGAAAAUCCCGAGAUCGAUUCCUGUUCUCAUGGAGUUGGUGCUAGAAGGAACAAAUAGAUGCAAAAAGAAUGCGUUGGUGGCUAUUCUUGGGUUGUUGAUGUACCCCGAAAACCAUUGGAAGGCGCUUGCAGCCGGAGUUGUCCCGUUGCUAGUCGAUCUAUUGCGAUCUUCAAGCCAAUGCGAAGAUCUACUAGUAGAUUCUUUAGCCAUUCUAGCGACACUAGCUGAAAAACCGGAUGGAACAAUGUCGAUUUUGAGCUGUGGGGCUCUUCAUGUGAUCCUGGAUGUCGUUGGCUCAACGACUUCUAAGGCAUCAAAAGAGUAUUGUGUUGCAUUGCUGCUCGCAAUGUGCACAAACGGUGGGGCUGAUGUGGUUCGCGUUUUAGUGUCGAACCCAUCUCUAAUGGGACCUUUAUAUUCCCUACUCGCCGAAGGGGGUUCUCGUGCUAGCAAAAAAGCAAGUUCGUUGAUCAGAAUUAUACAUGAAUUCAACGAAAAGCAUGCUUCUUCUACCACGAGACGCCCAGUUGAUCAUUUCCAAGAACAAUUUGUAAAUGUUUGGUAAAUUUGUAUAUUUCGAUUUGGUAAAAUUCUGUAACAUUAGCUCGUUUUUUUUUAUAAGAGCUAAUCUCAAAUAGCUAUAGCUUCAGUCUUUUUUGUAUGAAGCUAUAUUUGAAAACUCAUCUGUAUGUAUAAUUAAGUUUUCUUUCAUGAUAAUAACACAAACAGUACUUUGAAUUGUUA